AUGAGACCAAAUUCAGCAGUGAUAGCCUUUGCGAGCCUCUAUGGGUUGGCAAAUGCGUCCUACGGUGAUACACUUCCGGAAUUCCAAACAUGUCUCAAAGAAUGUAUCCUGAUAAUGCAUUGUCGCUACCGUAACAUCUUCCAAGAGAUCGAAGCAUCAAGAGAAGAAGUGUACAAACGGGAACAGGAAAUAGAACCACGCCUCUCCCAAAGACAGAUUGAGAUCGAUUAUUUCACUCUGAAGCAUCAAUUAUCGGCGAUCAGUGCCAUCUUCUGGAAUUGUGAAGACGACUGCAGCUAUAAAUGCCAACAACUAAUCACAGAACAAAGAAAGGCUUCCGGACUUCCGAUGGUUCAAUUCUUUGGAAAGUGGCCAUUUACCAGGGUAUUUGGAAUCCAAGAGAUCUUUCUGGUCAUCUUUUCGUUUGGAAAUUUCUACGCCAAUUACAUUAAUUUAUUCAAGGUUUUACACCAAUACAACAAGAACCGCAAAGAUCCACACGACACCUACCACUUAAUGUACCUCCAAUACGUGUACUUUAUCAUUAUUGCACUCUGUGGGUGGUCUGCAAGCAUUUUGUUCCACAUAAGAGACAAUCGAAUUACCGAGACCCUUGAUUAUUACGGGGCAUUUGCAAUUGUGCUAUCGAACUUCAAUUGUGUGAGUGUGAGAUAUUUUGAACUAUUCAAAAAACCAAAGCAGUUGGUAAUUUGGCAAGUGGUGAUGGUGAUGAUCUAUGUGGGACAUUGCAUAAAGCUUAAGCUAAAUUGGAACUACGGGUACAACGCCAAGAUCAAUUUGUUGUAUGGAUUCGGGUCGAUUGUUUUGUGGGUGGCACAUUCCUUGAAGGUGAACCGCAAGUAUAAGGAGAAUUUCUUUCUCUACAAUAAUUCGAUGCAAAUUUUACCAUUCGAGACCAAAAUCUUGACUAAAUUAAACAUGCUUUCUGUGUCGCAGACCCGACUCAUUCCAUUGAUCCCGAUUUUCUUGAACGUGUGGAUGAUGAUAGGGAUGUCGUUCGAAGCCUGCGACUUCGAGCCGGUGUACCAACUCAUCGACGCACACAGUAUCUGGCACAUUUUUACAAUAUUUCCUACAAUCAUCUGGUUCGACUGGAAUAUCUGGGACAUUGAAUUGAGUAAAGUAGGGGAAUUAAAUAAGAUUAGUUAA